AUGGACCGUGUGGGAGGAAAGACUCUGAGCGUACGGUCGGGUCCGGGAAGGACGACCAUCAACGACCUCGGCGCUCUGUGGAUCAAUGACAGCAACCAAAGCGAGGUAUACAAAUUGUUUGAAAGAUUUCAUCUGGAGAGCGAGCUCCAGAGGACGACCGGAAAGUCGAUCCAUCAGGCACAAGACGGUACAACGACUGCAGCGCCUUACGACUCCCCGCUUAGCGAAGAGGUUAGAAUGGCACUCACGCAACUCCUCCCCGCAUGGUCUCAGCUGAUCGAAGAACACAAUCUUGAAGACCCUAGGGCCAGCCCUCAAGCGAAGCGGCUUGACAGUAUGAGCUUCGCGCACUACUGUGAGAAGGAGUUAAAUUUGCCUGCUGUUCUCGACGUGGCAAACCAGAUCACACGCGGUCUGCUUGGUGUGGAAGCCCACGAGAUCAGUAUGCUCUUUAUCACCGACUAUAUCACGAGUGCGACCGGCCUCGCUAAUAUUGUCUCCGAAAGGAAGGACGGCGGGCAGUAUAUGCGAUGCAAAACAGGCAUGCAGUCGCUUUGCCAUGGCAUGUCAAAGGAACUUGCUCCAGGCUCAGUGCAUGUCAACACUCCCGUCGCGGAGAUUGAGCAGUCGGCAUCCGGCUGCAUAGUACGAUCGUCCUCGGGUGCCGUGUUGCGAAGCAAAAAGGUGGUGGUUUCGGUACCGACAACCUUGUAUCCCACCCUGACGUUUUCACCACCUCUUCUAGCUGAAAAGCGGGCAUUAGCUGAAAAUUCCAUCCUAGGCUACUAUAGCAAAAUGGUCUUCGUGUGGGACAAGCCAUGGUGGCGCGAACAAGGCUUCUCGGGUGUCUUCCAAUCGAGCCUCAACCCUAUUUCGCUUGCCAGAGACACCAGCAUCGAAGCCGAUCAGCAAUGGUCCAUUACCUGUUUCAUGGUCGGAGAGCCAGGCCGGAGGUGGUCCCAACUGUCCAAGCAGGUACGACAAAAGUCUGUCUGGGAGCAACUCCGCACAGCCUACGAAAACGCCGGGGCCAAAGUCCCAGAGCCGGUAAACGCGCUCGAAAUCGAAUGGUCGAAACAGCAGUAUUUUCUAGGAGCGCCAAGCCCGGUCUAUGGGCUUAAUGAUCUCACCACACUGGGUGGUGAGAUCAGAACGCCGUUCAAGAGUGUUCAUUUCGUUGGAACAGAGACGUCGUUGGUAUGGAAAGGGUAUAUGGAAGGGGCCAUACGCUCGGGUCAGCGAGGUGCCCAAGAAGUUGUGGCCAGCCUAGCGCCACCAGCGUAG